AUGGAGGAAUUGCGUGGCUUUGUUAAUGACUUUGGGAAGAAACAAAAGAAAAAAUUAGAAAAGGGCUGUCCAUGGAAAAAAAGGUCAAUAUUUUUUGAUUUGCCUUAUUGGGAGCAGAAUACAUGUCGGCACUUGCUGGAUUUAAUGCACAUAGAGAAGAAUGUGUGUGAUAAUAUAAUUGGGACAUUAUUAGACAUUCCUGAAAAGACGAAGGAUCAUGUCAGAGCUCGUUUUGAUUUGCAGCAUAUGGGCAUAAGAAGAGAUCUACACCCAACCAAGUCAGCCGAUGGUCGGCAUUUUACAUUCACUAAAAAAAUAAAAGUUGACAAUUUCCAAGUAUGGAGGUUGUUUGGGGUACCUAUUGGACCGACAGACAAUAUCUUAAAUGAACUUAGUAGUUUUCUGGGUACCCUUGGAAGAAAUCCAAGACGAACACCACUAGAUAAGAAUUGGCAUGACAUUGGGGAAGAAGACAAAGAUAGUUUGUGGGAAUAUGUGAAGGAGAAGUAUUCAAUUGCCGAUUCAGGACGAAAAUGGACCUUGCAAACAAUUAAUAGUGCAUGGAGGCGGUGGAAGUGCUUGUUGAAACGUCAAUGCUUUACUAGUUUGAAAAAUGAUGGAGAAAGAUGGAAAAAUCGCCUCAAGACUGUUCCCAAGGGUCAAUUUAGAGCUUUACUAAAGAUUUGGCAUUCUCAAAAUGCAAGGAAAGCAAGUGAAAAGAAUAAGGAAAGUCGUAACAAUCAAACGCUCUUGCACACAGCGGGUUCAAAAAGUUUCGCAAGAAUUCGCAGAGAUAUGGAAAAGGAAUUGAACCGGCCUCCAACAGAUGCAGAAGUGUUUCUAGAGACUCGUAAAAAGAAGAAAAAAGCACAACCAGAAAAAACACUUGAAAUGAUUGAUACAUUGGAACAGCUAACUCAGGAACAAACUGAAGGAGAAAGUGUAGAUGCAUGGCAUCUAGUCAAUAGAAAAGAGCAUCCUGGACGUGUGCGUCUUCGGGGAAGGGCGAUCACUCAAACCAUGCUAAAAAGCAAUAAGGAGAAGACCAUUGAUCCGUGUGAUCUAGUCCCUGAGUCAAUUGUUCAAGCAAUAACAAAGAAGGUGGUGGCCACUCAACAAGAGGAGAUGAAGAAACAUCAAGAAGCUCAAGCUGCAAGUAUGAUUCAAACAUUUGCAGAGAUGUUGAGUGAAGUAACUGGACGUUCGGUUAGUCCAAGCUUUGUUGAGAGGUUUAAAGCGCGUACUAGACUUCCUGAAGAGGCUGCCAGUGUUCUAGAUCAUGAUAGUGCAUGCUCUUUGCAAACACACAAGAGUUGA